UGGGAGGGGCCUCAAAGGCCGGGACGGGAGAUGCGGGCGUCUGAUUGCCCGCUGUGCCCUCCUGGAAAGCCGUGUCGUCCUCCUCUCCCCGCCCCCGUCUGUCCCAAGAACCAGGCUUUCUUUUGGCCUCUUACUCGUAAAGGCUGGCCUGAGAGAACCUGGUGGUGUUGUGGCAGACGCUUUGGGCUGGAACUCAGAUUAUCUGGGUUCUAGUCCAGUUGCUGCUACCACCAUUGGUUGUGUAAUCUUGAGGAAAUCACUUUCUCUUCUUUCUACUCUAAAAAGUGGGCACAUCUCCUCCGCCUACUUAGAGAAUUACUGUGAAACUCCAGUGCCCUGAUUGGUGCAUUUUAAGUAACUUCACAACCAUCAAACAGGCCCUGCGGUAGAGCAGGCAGUGAGAGGCCUUGUCCUUGUGCCCACCAAGGAACUUGCCCGGCAGGCCCAGUCCAUGAUUCAGCAGCUGGCUACCUACUGUGCUCGAGACAUCCGGGUGGCCAAUGUCUCGGCUGCUGAAGACUCAGCUUCUCAGAGAGCUUUGCUGAUGGAGAAGCCGGAUGUGGUGGUGGGGACACCAUCUCGCAUAUUAAACCACUUGCAGCAAGACAGCUUGAAACUGCGAGACUCCCUGGAGCUGUUGGUGGUGGAUGAGGCUGAUCUUCUUUUCUCCUUUGGCUUUGAGGAAGAACUCAAGAGUCUUCUCUGUCACUUACCUCGGAUUUACCAGGCUUUUCUGAUGUCAGCUACUUUUAAUGAAGAUGUACAAGCACUUAAGGAGUUGGUGCUACAUAACCCGGUUACCCUCAAGUUACAGGAGUCCCAGCUGCCAGGGCCAGACCAGCUACAGCAGUUUCAGGUGGUCUGUGAGACUGAGGAAGAUAAAUUUCUGUUGCUGUAUGCCCUGCUCAAGCUGUCGUUGAUUCGGGGCAAGUCUCUGCUCUUUGUCAACACUCUAGAGCGGAGUUACCGGCUGCGCUUGUUCCUGGAGCAGUUCAGCAUCCCCACCUGUGUGCUCAAUGGAGAACUCCCACUGCGCUCCAGAUGCCACAUCAUCUCACAGUUCAACCAAGGAUUCUACGACUGCGUCAUAGCGACCGAUGCUGAAGUCCUGGGGGCCCCAGUCAAUGGCAAGCGUCGGGGCAAAGGGCCCAAGAGAGACAGAGCUUCUGAUCCAGAAGCAGGUGUGGCCCGGGGCAUAGACUUCCACCACGUCUGUGCCGUGCUCAACUUUGAUCUCCCCCCCACCCCCGAGGCCUACAUCCAUCGAGCUGGCAGGACAGCACGUGCCAACAACCCAGGCAUAGUAUUGACCUUCGUGCUACCCCCAGAGCAGUCCCACCUAGGCAAGAUCGAGGAGCUUCUCAGUGGAGAGAACGCAGCCCCUGUCCUGCUCCCAUACCAGUUCCACAUGGAGGAGAUCGAAGGCUUCCGCUACCGCUGCAGGGACGCCAUGCGUUCGGUGACUAAACAGGCCAUUCGAGAGGCGAGAUUGAAGGAGAUCAAGGAGGAGCUUCUGCACUCAGAGAAGCUCAAGACGUACUUUGAAGACAACCCCAGGGACCUCCAGCUGCUGCGGCAUGACCUGCCCUUGCACCCUGCCGUCGUGAAGCCUCACCUGGGCCACGUCCCCGACUACCUGGUUCCUCCUGCUCUUCGUGGCUUUGUCCACCCUCACAAGAAGCGGAAGAAGCCGUCCUCCUCUAAGAAGGCCAAGAAGGCGAAGGCCCAGAACCCACUACGCAGCUUCAAGCACAGAAGAGAGAAACGCAGAUCCACAGUGAUGCCCACCUGAGGUCUUGCAGGCAGCCUCGGCCACCUUCCUGGGCCUCCCAGGCUGAGCAGAGCAUGCAGUGGGCUUCCCCGCUUGGAGGGAGUGGGCUUCUUGGCCUGGACAUAGCUGGAUUACUGCCCUGGAUGGACUAGAUUCCAGGGUAGGCAGAACUGAGGCCCUGCAGACCUGUGGUGCUGCCAGCCUGGCAUGUUGCCCUUAAUAGUGGAAUAAAGACUCUAGCUGCCCCA